GACGGCCCGCGCGCCGUAACAGCAUAUAGGAUCCAUAAGACGCUUGUCGUCUUUGCUUGUGCUACGAACUCACGUUGAGAGAUCCUUGGUUUUUAACGAAUAACGCUUUUAAAACCAUUAUUUGUUUCAUUUAAGUCAUUUUAGUAUAUACAAACCCUCGUAAUUUUAACAGUCACAUUAAAACUUGAAAUGCCAACCAAAACCUCCUUGUCUCUGCCAGAGGACAUCAGGAAACGACUUCAGGUGUUGGAUAAGGAUGGAGACGGGCUAUCGGAGGAGGAGCGCGUGAGGGAGAAGCUGAGUCUUGUGCAGGCCUUCCUGCAGACGGAGGCCCAGGAUCAGCUGCGCAGUCUGGAGGCCAAGAUGAAGAGCGAGGAGCUGUCGGAGGAGGGCUACCUGUCCAAGGUGAAGGCGCUGCUGGGGCGGGAGCUGUGUGUGGAGAACGGUUCCCACGACGAUGGCCCCAAGCUCAACGGCCAGUCAAAUGGAGUGACUGAGAACGGUUCCCACGGCGAGGAGGACCCGGUCACGGGAGCCAUGGAAACCGAGGGAGAGGGCGGAGCUGCUAAGUCCGCAAGUGCGCCCAAAGCCAGAGGGGGUCGCAAGAGCAAAGCGGAGGGGGACCCCAAGAAGUCUCCUGCUAGUUCCAGAGUCACACGUAAUUCCGGCAAGCAGGCGACCAUCUUGUCCAUGUUCUCCAGAGUCUCCAGCAAGCGCAAGUCUGAGGAGGCGAAUGGAGAGGGGGAGAGCGGAGAGACAGGGGAGAAGGCUGAGGAUGGAGAUCAAGAAGAGGAGGCACAGGAAGAGAAGAGGCUGAAAGUGGAGACAGAGGAAAAACUGGCAGAGGCUCCUGUGGAGAUGGCCAAGCCUGUGACUGCAGUGAAGACUCCGCCCCCUAAAUGCCAAGACUGCAGGCAGUACCUGGAUGACCCCGACCUCAAGUUCUUUCAGGGGGACCCCGAUGAUGCGCUGGACGAGCCGGAGAUGCUGACAGACGAGCGCCUGUCCCUCUUCGACUCGAACGAGGACGGGUUCGAGAGCUACGACGACCUCCCCCAGCACAAGAUCACCAACUUCAGCGUCUACGACAAGCGGGGCCACCUGUGUCCCUUCGACUCGGGCCUGAUCGAGAAGAACGUGGAGCUCUACUUCAGCUGCGCCGUCAAGCCCAUCUACGACGACAACCCCUGCAUGGACGGUGGCGUUCCUGCCAAAAAGCUGGGCCCCAUCAACGCCUGGUGGAUCACCGGGUUUGACGGGGGGGAGAAGGCCCUCAUCGGCUUCACCACAGCGUUUGCGGACUACAUCCUGAUGGAGCCCAGCGAGGAGUACGCCCCCACCUUCGCCCUCAUGCAGGAGAAGAUCUACAUGAGCAAGAUCGUGGUGGAGUUCCUGCAGAAGAACCCUGAGGUCUCCUACGAGGACCUGCUCAACAAGAUAGAGACCACAGUGCCCCCUGCUGGCCUGAACUUCAACCGCUUCACGGAGGACACGCUGCUGCGCCACGCCCAGUUCGUGGUGGAGCAGGUGGAGAGCUACGACGAGGCGGCCGACCCCGACGAGCCGCCCGUCAUCGUCACGCCCUGCAUGAGGGACCUGAUCAAGCUGGCCGGCGUCACGCUGGGCAAGAGCAUGCUGUUGUACUGGCGAGCUGCCAGAAGGCAGGCCAUCCGCCACCCCACCAAGAUCGAGAAGGACAAGGGCCCCACCAAAGCCACCACCACCAAACUGGUGUACCAGAUCUUCGACACCUUCUUCUCCGACCAGAUCGACCAGAACGACAAGGAGGGCGGGGCCAAACGCCAGCGCUGCGGCGUCUGUGAGGUGUGUCAGGCCCCAGACUGUGGGAAGUGCUCUGCCUGUAAGGACAUGAUAAAGUUUGGGGGCAGUGGCCGCAGCAAGCAGGCCUGUCUCAAGAGGAGGUGCCCCAACCUGGCCGUGAAGGAGGCUGAGGACGAUGAGAACAUUGAGGAAGACGACGCCGUGCCCGUGGUGAAGGCCACGUCCAAAAAAAUGUCCCAGGCCAAGAAGAAGAAACAGAACCAGAACAAGCUGUCCUGGGUCGGACGCCCCGUUCGCACGGAGGGGAAGAAGGUGUACUACGCGAGCGUGUCCGUGGAGAACGAGGUGCUGGAGGUCGGAGACUGCGUGUCUGUCAGUCCCGACGACCCGUCCAGGCCGCUCUACCUGGCCAGGAUCGCGGCGAUGUGGGAGGACGAGUCGGGGAAGAUGUUCCACGCGCACUGGUUCUGCCGCGGGACGGACACGGUGCUGGGGGAGUCCUCCGACCCCCUGGAGCUCUUCCUGGUGGACGAGUGCGAGGACAUGCUCCUCAGCUACGUGCAGGACAAGGUCAACGUCACCUACAAGGCCCCCUCCAACAACUGGUUCAUGGAGGGCGGGGUGGAUAAUGACAUCAAGGUGAUCGAGGACGACGGGAAGAGCUUCUACUACCAGCUGUGGUACGAGCCCGACUGUGCCCGCUUCGAGACCCCGCCCACUGCCACGCCCUCUGAGGACUGCAAGUUCACGUUCUGUGCCAGCUGCAGCCGCGCCCAGGAGCAGGAGGAGCAGGAGAGGCCCCGCCCCCUCGAGCCGCUGGACGAGGAGACCGACUCCAAGGUGUUCUACGCCUCGGUCUGCCUGCGGGGGGCGCAGUACCGCCCCGGGGACAGUGUGUACCUGCUGCCCGAAGCCUUCUCUUUCGGGGUUAAAGCAGCCAGCCCCGUGAAGCGCUCUCACAGGAAGGAGGACGUGGACGAGGAGCUGUACCCCGAGUACUACAGGAAGUCCUCCGACUACAUCAAGGGCUCCAACCUGGACGCGCCCGAGCCCUUCCGCAUCGGACGCAUCAAGCAGAUCUUCUGCAGCAAGCGCAGCAACGGCAGGCCCAACCAGGCCGAGGUCCGGCUGCGCCUCUACAAGCUCUACAGGCCAGAGAACACCCACAAAGGGCUGAAGGCUGGGUACCACACGGACAUUAACCAGCUGUACUGGAGCGACGAGGAGGUGACGGUGGACGUGACGGACGUGCAGGGGCGCUGCCGCGUGGAGUACGGCGAGGACCUGAUCGAGAGCGUGCAGGACUUCUCCGCCGGGGGCCCCGACCGCUUCUACUUCCUGGAGGCUUAUAACGCCAAGACCAAGGGCUUUGAGGAUCCGCCCAACCACGCCCGCUCCGCCACGCACAAGGGCAAAGGCAAGGGGAAAGGGAAAGGGAAGGGGAAGUCCUGCUCCCCCCAGGAGCAGCAGGAGCAGGAGCUCCAGCCCAAGGUUCCCAAGCUGCGCACCUUGGAUGUGUUCUCUGGCUGCGGCGGCCUGUCUGAGGGCUUCCACCAGGCAGGCAUCUCGGAGACGCUGUGGGCCAUAGAGAUGUGGGACCCGGCUGCGCAGGCCUUCCGGCUGAACAACCCCGGCACCACCGUGUUCACCGAGGACUGCAACGUGCUGCUGAAGCUGGUGAUGGGCGGCGAGCAGACCAACUCGCUGGGCCAGAAGCUGCCGCAGAAGGGCGACGUGGAGAUGCUGUGCGGCGGUCCGCCCUGCCAGGGCUUCAGCGGCAUGAACCGCUUCAACUCCCGCACCUACUCCAAGUUCAAGAACUCGCUGGUGGUGUCCUACCUCAGCUACUGCGACUACUACCGGCCCAAGUUCUUCCUGCUGGAGAACGUGCGCAACUUUGUGUCCUUCAAGCGCUCCAUGGUGCUGAAGCUCACGCUGCGCUGCCUGGUGCGCAUGGGCUACCAGUGCACCUUCGGAGUGCUGCAGGCGGGGCAGUACGGCGUGGCCCAGACCCGACGCAGGGCCAUCAUCCUGGCGGCCGCCCCGGGCGAGAAGCUGCCCCGUUACCCCGAGCCCCUGCACGUGUUCGCCCCCCGAGCCUGCUCCCUCAGCGUGGUGGUGGACGAGAAGAGAUACGUCAGCAACGUGACCAGGGGUAACGGGGGGGUGUACCGGACCAUCACCGUGCGGGACACCAUGUCCGACCUGCCGGAGAUCCGAAACGGCGCCUCGGCCCUGGAGAUCUCCUACAACGGGGAGCCGCAGUCCUGGUUCCAGAGGCAGAUCCGCGGGGCCCAGUACCAGCCAAUCCUGCGCGACCACAUCUGCAAGGACAUGAGCGCCCUGGUGGCGGCCAGGAUGAGGCACGUGCCCCUGGCCCCCGGGUCCGACUGGCGGGACCUGCCCAACAUCGAGGUGCGGCUGCGGGACGGCACCGCCACCAAGAAGCUCCGCUACACCCACUCCGACAAGAAGAACGGGCGGAGCAGCACCGGGGCACUGCGGGGCGUCUGCGCCUGUGCUGGGGGGAAGCCGUGCGACCCGGCGGACCGGCAGUUCAACACGCUCAUCCCCUGGUGCCUGCCCCACACCGGCAACCGGCACAACCACUGGGCCGGGCUCUACGGCCGCCUGGAGUGGGACGGCUUCUUCAGCACCACCGUCACCAACCCCGAGCCCAUGGGCAAACAGGGGCGUGUCCUGCACCCCGAGCAGCACCGCGUGGUCAGCGUGAGAGAGUGCGCUCGGUCACAGGGCUUCCCCGACACCUACCGCUUCUUUGGGAACAUCCUGGACAAACACAGACAGGUUGGCAAUGCAGUGCCCCCGCCCCUGUCAAGGGCCAUUGGCCUGGAGAUAAAGACGUGUGUGGUGGAGAAGAUGAAGGAGAAUGCUACAGAGCCAGUGAAGCAGGACAAGAUGGAGGUGUCAGAUUAGCCCCACCCACCAGCCCAGCCCCUCCCCUCCCCUGGGCUGUGAUUGGCUGGAUGUCGUCACAGGCGAUUGCUGUUCAGUGAGCAGUCAGCUUAUCAUUCAUACGGACAGUCCGUGCAGUGCCAUUCUGUGUAUCAUUGCCUUUAAAAAUAAUUUUUUUUUUUUUUUUUAAUUGUGAUUUUAACUUUUAUGUGUCUGCGAAAAUGUACACUUCCUGCAAGUGGAAUGAAAUGUAUGUAGUUUUUAUAUGGUGUAAUAUUUCAAAUAAAGCUCUUAUGGAAUAACG